AUGCGGGUGUUCAGUCUGUUGCGGAUACUCCGGAUCUUCCGCAUCUUCCGGGUCAUGAGACAGUUGCACAUACUGGCAUCCAGUCUUUUUGAUGCGGUUCAGUCGGUAUUCUGGGUCAGUGUUAUAUGCGUUCUGAUCUUGUACAUCUGCGCAAUCGUCCUUACAAGGCUUGUUGGCCAUCCUGUUGAUGGUGAUCCUUUAGCACUGGUGAAGCAAGAGUACUUCGGCUCCCUCGGCUCCUCGAUGCUGACGCUCUUCGAGCUCAUGGCCUUUCCGAACAUGGCGCGCGCCGGAAGGGUCUACUCUGGCAACCCAUCUCUCAAAACCUUCCUCGUCAUCUUCGUCAUCUUCGGUGCCUUCAUGAUGGCUGCCCUGGCAAGCUUGGCCAGCAUCCUUACCGGUGUCAUCACCGAGGGAAUGGUGGAGAAGAGUCGAAUGCGACAGGAGGAACGCCGGUUUGAGAGGGAAACGGCACGGGCGGCCUUCAUUCGAAUGUCGCGAAGGGUGCUGCAGGACCACAGCGGCGUUGACUCCAGUUUCAUCGACAAGUUGCAGUUCGAGAAGUGCAAGCACAAGGUCCUAUCUCUUUGCGUGGCAGACUCCACACCACUCCGGGAGAAGGAUUUGGAUGCCAUCUUCAACCUUGUUGAUUACGAUGACUCUGGCAUCGUCGAGGAGCUCCUGUACGGCAUGGUGCAAGUGUCCGCCGAGCUGCGUCCCAUGUCCAUAUUGGAACUACGCCGGAGCUUCGCCCGCGGCUUGAAUGCGGUGAGCCAACAGGUAAAUCUGUUGGAUUCCCGGCUGCAGAUGAUGGAUGCACGACUGCAGGAGGUUCUGGCGAAGCCAAAGAUGGAUGCGAACCUGUAG